AUGGAGAACACUGACGAAGAGACUUUUGAUGUCAUUAUAAAGGAGGGUUGAAUUAAUAAGCGCAGCCGCUUUCUCAAAAUAUGGAGACGUAGAUGACUGGUUUUGACCCCCCAUUUUCUCAUUACAUUUAAACGGCAACAAGCAUAUCUUGACAAGCCCACAGAAAAAAUAAAAAUAGAAUGUUGCUCUACUAUGAAAUCAGCAGAAGAAGAAACCAAAAAAGUUUUCACAUUUAGAAUUAAUUUUUUAGACCGAGUAUUCUUUUUCAGUGCCCAGGAUGCAAAUGAUAAAGAAACUUGGAUUGAAUCAAUUAGAGGAGCUAUGAUGCCUAAGAAAACUGAAGAAAGAUGCUUUGAGGGGCUUUAUGAUGAUGUGUUAAAUCUCAAAUAA